CGCAAGUGCUAAGUACUACGGUGCGUGCAAUUGAUCUCUAGACAUGAUCGAGAUCAUUGAUCGGGGACAUGUCUCAUGGCACGUGACACACUCCCUCUGCUUCCGCAUCUCUACGUACCAAUGGCCGACAAAUUUGACGAGGCUACUCAAAAAGAACUUUCUUCUUUCUUGGAGAGGCAACAAGUCGAAGCGCGUCUCCACUCAUCCAUCCAGACUUUCACCGACACAUGCUGGGACAAGUACAUUGUCUCGUGCAUAACUGGAGCUCCAUCCACCCGGUUUUCGCGUUCAGAAGAGAGUUGCCUGGCCAAUUGCGUUGAAAGAUUUCUGGAUACGUCACUGUUCAUGGUGAAAAAGAUCGAGGACCAGCGAGCUGCAUUACAAGGAGGAAACAACGGGUCUAUCUAACAACGUUAACGGGUCCGAAUAUUACAAGUACCGUAUCACCGGGAGAUCAUCGCCUCCCAACUAGUCUUUCUGCCAAAUGGGCCAACACUGCGACGGGAAAGAAGCCCACUGCAUCGAAGAUUUCUCGUUUCCGGCGUAACCUGAGCGGGAUGGCGAAACUGGACUGCGCAAACGAAGCCUUGUCGAACCAUCGGGUGAUGCUCAGGUCUUUCUCCUUCCACAGCGCUCGCAGCCAUGCAUCGAACACGGCCUUCUCUGUCUCCGGGAUAUCCACCUCAGCGGAGGAUUUAGGAGUGGCACCUGGGCUGGACACUGUCCGUGCUAGAUCGCCUACAGGGACCUCGGUCGCCACAUCGAACAGUCGCAGAUGGAAAUGGAUCGCCGGCGGUGGAACGCCGUGAAAGAAUAUUGAGCGCAAGGUAUAGUAUUGUUGCCCAUAUCCCAGCGGUGGUAUGCCUGGUUUAUUGAGCCAUGUCGAGAAAGACGACAGACAGAGGCCACUCACCGGGAUAGACUGUGGUUAUGUCC